AUGGCUAUGCUCAUAGCAGCCACGAUCAUUUUCUUGUAUUAUACUCUCUGGACUCUACUCAUGCCGUUCGUGGACGAAGACCAUCCACUCCAGAGCCUUUUCCCUCCUCGCGUCUGGGCCAUUCGAAUUCCAGUCAUCUUAACGCUUCUCGGAUCGGCAGUUGUGGGAACGUUCCUCGCUAUGGUCAUGAUCAGGAGCAAUAGGAAGAAGGCUGCAAAGGCUAGAGCUGCUGCCGCGAAGAAGUCGAAAUAA